CAGAGAUAAACGCAAGAUAUAUGCUCUCGAUGCUCCACCUCAUCACCUUCUCUUAUUUUCCCUCUUCCUAAAGAUCAAACUCAAGAAGCCUUGUUCUUCGCUUGCCGCUACCUUCGCCGAGAGUAACAUUCGAUAGGAAGAAGAGAAAGAAAAGAAAGAAAAGAAGAAAGAAUAAUAAUCAUAGAAACAACUACUAUAUACCUAGCUAUGGACGAAGUCGAUGUAAUUACUACUGGUCUCGCAUCUCCCUCGAAGCCGAUGUCGUACAUUUAUGGCGAUACGGACUUGUAUCUCGAUUCAUCGAACGCUUCAACAACGUCCAGUCCAAUGGAUUCGCCGUACGAUAUAGCAUUUCAAGGAAUGUAUCCUAGCCCUGAACACACAGACGGUUCAGGGGAAACGACGCAGUCCUCUCCACAACAGCCCACCUCUAAACCUGCAGCAAAAAGGAAACGCGAGAACAGAUAUAAGAAUGCACCUCCAUCUGUCUUAUCACGUCGAAGAGCUCAGAAUCGUGCAUCACAACGGGCCUAUCGAGAACGGAAGGACCAGCGCAUCAAGGAUCUCGAGAUUCUACUCGGCGAAGCCCAGAAAAAAAACGAUGUCCUCAGCCAAGCCUAUUCCAGCUUGCAAGCAGAGUAUGUCAGACUCAAACGCGAGCAAGAUACAGCCGAUCAGUACCAACAAGGCAGCCUGGUAUACGACCCAACCAUCUCAUCGUCGGGAGAUAUGGAUCUAUUCCUCUAUAACAAUAGUUCAUCGAGUUACUCCAUGUAAAACAACGAGAAUGCCGGUUUAUUCUGAUUAAGUACUAGACACUUCUAAACCCUUAGGUUUGGAGUAAUGCCA